CCCCGGCCUCCCAGUUUCCCGGUCUUGGUCUCGGUCUCGGUUCCCGCAGAACCGCAGCGUCGACCCUCCCUUGGCCCAUCCCCGCCAUACCUCCGCACUACUAACGCACACCAACAAUGGCCGACAACACGCUCGACUCGCUCGUCAAGGGCGCGCCGAUCACGCUGCCGGGCCAAGACCUGCCCAAAGCCGCGGGCGGCACGACCCCAAUCUCGUCCUCGUCCUCGUCCUCACCGCCGAAUAAUAACCAGGGCAGCGGCAAGCCCGGCGAUCCGCUCUCCCACACGCCGAGCUCGCCCUCGAUGAUCUACCUCAACCUGCUAAUCCUCGAGGCGUCGCUGCGCGCGCAGUACCUCGAGCUCCGCGCCCGCCGCCGCCACCACACCUUCUUCCUGUCGCUGCUCACGCUGUGGACGGCCUUCUUCGGCUACGCGCUGUUCUUCGCGCCGCGCGAGGACGGCCGCGGCGUCGGCGGCAGCGUGUACUGGGUCGUCGAGACGACGGAGCACAUGUGUUUCUUGGGCGGCGUCAUGACGGCCCUGCUGGUGUGGGCGACGGGCAUCUGGGAGCGGGGCGUGCGCUGGCCGCGGCGGUGGUUCACCGUCUCGAACCGGGGCCUGCGCGGGUUCAACUGCAAACUGGUGGUCAUGAAGCAGCCGUGGUGGAAGGAGGCGCUGAGCACGGCCGGCUGGUUCCUCACCUAUGGCCUGUUCUCCAACAACGGGAGCUCCUACCGCUGGGUCGAUCCUGCGCUGGUCAGGGAGGUCGAUCGGGAGUUGAAUCUGUCACGGGAGAGCCAUCCGACGGUGCAUGUCACGCAUUGGGAUGAGGAGAAGGGUGGGCAUGAGGAGGAUCUGGCACCUGGUGGGGACUACGUCAAGCUCUUGCUGCUGGCGAAGCCGUUCUCGCCCACGUUCAGGGAGAACUGGGAGCUGUACAGGGCCGAGUACUGGGAGAAGGAGAACGAGCGGCGCGCACUGCUGCGGGUGAAGCUGAAAGAACGAGACCGGAAGCUGCGCAAGCAGUCUGGCGGCUGGCUCUGGUGGCUUCCAUGGCGGAGAGCGGUACCAGUGGUCGAGAAGCCCUCAGCCGCUAAUAACAAUAAUAACGAAAAGGUAGUCCACCAUCCGCGGCAUGCGGCGGUGGUGGGCGAGCACAGGCGGACGAGGAGCGGCAGCACCGCCACCGUUAGGAGAGGCAGCAUGUCUGGCAGCACCAAGUCGAGGAGCACGACGCCGACGCUUGAAGCGGAAGAGCAUCCCGGCAUCGCACGCAAGGAGAGCACGUCGUCGAGCGCAUCCGAGAAGAAGCGCAAAAAGCUCACGCCUAGCGCCAAGACCCGUCCUAGGGUUGAGUCCCGGUCUGUCACUCCCGAGAUCCCGUCGCCGCUGGCGAGGGAGAGCAGUAUUGGGCUGUCGGCAGAUGCCAAAAGCCCAUAGUGGGUUGAUGCCAGAGUUCAUUGUAUGGUAAAGACGUAGCAGUCACAAUGUCGUAGAUGCCCUAGCCAUGUGGAAUAGUGAUACCUCUUCUGCAAAACCAUGAAGCAGGCAGUGUUGUUGCUCAAA